AUGAAUUUUGACCAGAAGGCCGUGAAGUUCCUGGCAAACUUCUACAUCAAUGGCGGCCAACACUGGACCCACGGUCCACUGGGACAGAAGGCCCCAGGGCCCGGCCAGAUGUGGCCCCCGGCACUCCAGGCCAUCUGUACCCACACCCUCCGGGAGCUGUUGCUGGACCAGCGGCCCCCCAUCCUGACUGACCUGGAGGUUCCCGGCCCCACCAAGUACUCGGUGCCAGACCCGUCCGUACGUGAGUUCUCCCCACACCCCCACUACAGCAUCGGUCGGAAGCCCUCCACCAGAGAGGCUGGCUGGGGCUGCAGAGCCUGUCAGACCUUAUGGCUACAAAGCCUCUUCCAUCAGAAUGCCAAAGAUGUCAAUAGGGAGCUAAAGAACCCACAGUCACCAGCCUCCUCCAUGGGCCGCUCGCCUGCCUUUGCCUCCGGGGCCAGCGCCUGGAGUACCCCUGGUCCAGGCACCUACCACGUGGAGGACUGCUACAACUCUCGCUUCCCGUCCACACCAGGGGUGGUCAUGGGUGUGCGGAGACCCAAGCGCCAUGACACAGGCCCCUUCAGCGUCUUGUAAAACA